UCUUGUCCGCUGCCGGGACCGGACAACCGGGAACUGGAGGAAGAGGAAGGGCCAGAGCCGCAGGCAUCAUGGAGCCAGCGGGCCCUGAGGAGAGAACAGGAGCAAGAUGCAUUGCUGAAAGCUCUUCCUCCCCUCCGGUGAGGGGGGAGGAAAUCCCACCAGGAUGACCAAGCUGCCAGUCAACUCGUCAAGGGACUUGGAGCAAAGUCUUCCAGCUGUGGCCUCCUUGAGCACCUCACUGCCCAGAAGCCAGAGCUUCCAGCCACCCUUCUUCCCGCCCCUCCUAGAGAAGCGCAGGGCCAUUUCAGAUGUCCGCCGGACCUUCUGCCUCUUCGUCACCUUCGACCUGCUCUUCAUUGCUCUGCUCUGGAUCAUCGAGCUGAAUACAAAGACGGGCAUCAAGAAGAAUCUAGAGGAAGAGAUCAUCAACUACAACUUCAAAACCUCCUUCUUCGACAUUUUUAUUCUAGCCUUCUUUCGGUUUUCUGGGCUGCUGAUGGGCUACGCCGUGCUGAGGCUUCGACACUGGUGGGUGAUCGCGAUUACCACACUUGUGUCCAGUGCUUUUCUCAUUGUCAAGGUCAUCCUCUCUCAGCUGCUCAGCAAAGGUGCCUUCGGCUACGUGUUGCCCAUCGUUUCCUUCGUCAUCGCCUGGCUGGAGACCUGGUUUUUUGACUUCAAGGUCUUGACUCAGGAGGCAGAGGAGGAGCGAUGGUACCUGGCUGCCCAGGCGGCUGCUGCCCGGGGCCCCCUGCUCUUCCCUGGGGUCUUGUCUGAAGGCCAGUUCUAUUCUCCUCCAGAGUCGUUUGCAGAAUCUGACAAUGAAUCUGAUGAUGAAGGAGCUGGGAGGAAAGGCUUCUCCAGCCAGGAUCGGGAGUAUAUCCAGCAGGGGAAGGAAGCCAUGGAGAUGGUGGACCAGAUCCUGGCUCAAGAGGAGAAUUGGAAGUUUGAAAAGAAUAAUGAGUAUGGGGACACAGUAUACACCAUUGAAAUUCCUUUCCAUGGCAAGACAUUCAUCCUCAAGGCAUUCCUGCAGUGUCCAGCAGAGCUGGUGUACCAGGAGGUCAUCCUGCAGCCUGAGAAGAUGGUCCUGUGGAACAAGACCGUGAACGCUUGCCAGAUCCUUCAUCGAGUAGAAGACAACACUCUCAUCACCUAUGAUGUAUCUUCAGGGGCUGCAGGAGGUGUGGUUUCCCCCAGGGACUUUGUGAAUGUCCGGCGAAUUGAGAGGCGGAGGGACAGAUACCUCUCCUCAGGCAUCGCUACCACCCACUUUGCCAAGCCCCCAUUGCACAAAUAUGUCAGGGGUGAGAAUGGACCUGGUGGCUUCAUUGUUCUCAAGUCACCUAACAACCCUCGAGUCUGUACCUUUGUCUGGGUCCUCAACACAGAUCUCAAGGGCCGACUGCCCCGGUACCUCAUUCACCAGAGCCUGGCUGCCACCAUGUUUGAAUUUGCCUUCCACCUCCGGCAGCGGGUCGGGGAGUUAUGUGCUCAAGUAUAGCAGCCUCCAGUCAUCACCAUCAACAGGGCAACAGGGCCAUCCAUCACUCCUAGAGACAUCCUCCUCUUCAGCCUGGACUACUAGCCUGCCCUGGGCAAGGGACUUGGGGGCUUUAGGGCUCCUCCCUUCCCCCGCCUCCCAGAGCCAGACUGUUCCUUGGGAGCCCCCAUCCCUCAAAGACAAGCUCUCAAAAGUGUUAUGGGGCAGGGGGUGGAUAGACUCAGGCUCACUCUGCUGGUUAGGGGUGUGUCUGUCUUGCUGGUAUUUACAUGUCCUGCCACAGGGGGGCAGGACAUAAUUGAGGGGAGAGCAACCACCACGUGACUCCUUAGCAGUGUCAGGGUGUAAUGUGUCUGGGCUUGGGGUGACAGGCAGAGGUGUCCCCAGUGUACCCAGGCCUGUGUUACAGGACCAGGCACUCCCAGUAGCCAGUGGGUGGGAAAGGGAAUCAUUGGUCCCCCAGAUUUCCCAUCAGUUUUUUUAUAGUGAUUAUUUAAAGAGUCUGGGACUCUUUUUUUCCACAAAAACUGGUGGAGGGAGGGGAUAUGACCUUGCCUGCCUGGGUGCUACACCUGCCUCCCUUUCCCUCCCCCGAACUAGUGCUUCCUUGGGGGCCUUUGCCCCAGCUCAUUAAAAACCUGAUUGGAACAAGCCUGA